UCUAUUUCUUCAUCUUCCUACCUACACCAUAAUCUUUCUAAUUGAUAAAAUUUUCACGCAAGUCCUAUUGCUGAGCAUACAAAUUCACAUUUGAAUCUAGAGAACAGAACCCCCCAUUCCUCGAAUAACUAAUACAUCCAUAGUAAUUCAUGUUCCUCGACACUUCUUUAAGGCCUAUGCUAGAGUCGGCACAGACUUAAAUUAAUCCCCCGCCGUGUGCUAGUUGCGCAAAGUCGAACGCCAGUGGACCACGUUCAAAUACGGUUGAUAGUGCUAACUUUUCUGAUGGUUUCCACGAUAUUUCUGCUGCUAGGUGCAGCUAUUUCAUAUUGUAUAUUCAACAUAGUAUCGGGACUCAGGAAUAAUAUCGCAGCCGCGAAACGAUCCGGUCUACCUUAUUAUGUCGUCCCCCUUAGUCCCUGGAAUCGAAUAGGGCAAAUAUUAAAUGGGGUUUGGGUUCCUAUGUAUAAACUCCUGCCCCGCCAAUUUUGGGAACAGGUUGAACCUAUUCUAUAUACAAACUGGCAAUAUGAGGAGAACCAUAAAUUAUUCGCUAAGUUGGGAGACACUUUUUUGAUUGUCUCGCCGGGUAUGGUUGUAUGCUAUACCGAAAACGCAGAGGUUCUUCAUCAAGUUACAUCGAAGCGAGAAGCGUUCCCCAAACCAACAGAAGCCUACGCAAUCCUCGGACAGUAUGGCCAGAACGUGUUAACGUUGGAAGGCGCCGCUUGGCGCAUGCACCGCAAGAUCACAUCUGCCUCCUUCAACGAGAAGAAUGCCGCCCUAGUAUUUAAAGAAUCCAUUAGUCAGACGGAAGGGCUCAUGAACAUGUGGCUUGGCUCCGACGGGCUAGGAAACAAGACAAUUAAUACGUUAGAACGGGACACAGCAUCUCUCACGCUUAACAUCAUCGCAAACAUCGGGUUUGGUCUCAAGAUCCUGUGGCCUGGCCAAAAGUUCCCGGCAGACGCUGAUCCGAGACUGGCCAAGUACGCCACACAGGAUGCUCCCGAGGGGCACACAAUGACUUUUGUAAAAGCAUUGGCGCACACUCUAGAUUAUCUAAUCUUGCUUCUCAUCACGCCAAAGUGGAUUCUCAAGAACUUUCCUAGCAAGACUGCAAAACUUGCCGUAGAAGCAGAAAGCAAUCUUGUAGGCUACCUAAAUGAGUUUUUGCAAGAUAAGAUCGAGGAUGUGAGGAAUGGAGACUAUAUGGAACAAGGCCUAGAUAUAAUGGGCGCGCUGGUCCGGACGAGCUACGGGGAAAGCCCGAAGAACGGAUCCCAGAUCGCACGAUUAUCCGAUUCGGAGAUCAUCGGUAAUGCCUUCAUUAAUAUUGUGGCAGGCCAUGAAACCACGGCCAACAUUCUUCAUUUUGCCAUGAUUGAACUGGCCACCAACCCGGCUUCGCAGAGGCGACUACAACGGGAUAUAGACAAUAUUUUAGGCGACACGGAUCCAAAAGCAUGGGACUAUGAUGCGAAACUUAACCCUCUGCUUGGGUCAAUGGUCGGCGCUGCUAUCAAUGAGACUCUCCGGCUAGUUCCUCCUGUAGUUGACAUACCAAAGAAGAUUACCUCAGCGCAGGGUCAGUCUCUCACUAUUGGAGGAACGCAGCAUCCACUUCCUCAGAAUACAACCAUCGGUUUAGUCGUCGUUGCCUCGCAACGCAGUCCCAAGUACUGGCCGAAUAAACCGAGUAGAAUAAAUAAUGCCGAGACGGACUUAGACGAUUUUGUACCCGAACGAUGGUUCCAAACGGAAUCAGCAAAGGAUUCCAGUACCGCUGUUGAGGGCGCGGACACAGAGGACUUUGGCGGCUACGCCGGAUCCGACACUAGCGCCCAACUGUACCACCCGCCUCGGGGCUCAUUCAUCCCUUUCUCGGACGGCGCAAGAGCGUGCUUGGGUCGACGCAUGGCGAUCGUGGAGUUAGUGGCCACUCUGGCAGUCAUCUUCCAGAAAUACAGCAUUGAGCUUGCGGUAGACGAGUGGGCGAACGAUGACAAAGUAUCCAACAUGAGCAAAGACCAGAAGGCGAAAUUGUAUAAGACGGCUCAACGAAAGUCGAGGGAAACUGUCAAACUUGCUACAAGCGUGAUCACGCUUAAACUCCACGGCAAUAAAUACGUUCCUAUUAGAUUAGUAAAGAGAGGCGACGAGAGAUUUGUCAAUUGGGUUGAUUUAUAGGAGAAGAGGGGUUUAUGAUUUAGCAUCUGGUAUAAGGGGGUCCAUCACCAGGAAAAAUAAAAGCCGCAAAUGGAAUAAAGUUGGGAAGCUUUUACAUAAUUAUAUGAAUUGAAAAAAGCUUCAUGAAAAGGAAUAAAUGCGC